AUGUUCUCCGCCAGAGCCCUUUCGCGCUCCCUGUCCCGAUUCCCUCGCCGUCCGCCACAGAAUUUACUCUCCGUCAGGCUAUAUACCACAGGAACACAGUCUUCCCCACAGCCUGGCCAGAAUUCAUAUAUUCAAACCUCGAAAACCAUCGCCAAAGUCACUGGCUUACUGUGCCUUUCUUCCGUAGUGGGAAUAUUCGUUGUUGGUGCAUCCAUUUUGGCCCACGACGCUUUCACCUAUAACGAAAAACAUGUUGACCGUGUCCCUGUCAAUCCCCUCGCCCUCCAUCCAGAACGCGGUGGGCCAAAGAACUUACCUGUCGCGCGAGUCCUGGUCGACGACGAGGAGGAUGAAGAAGCCAAACUGCUCGCAGGCAAACCCAGGCUUGUCAUCAUUGGAGGCGGCUGGGGCGCAAUGGGCGUCCUUGAAUCCCUUCAUCCAGGAGAUUAUCAUGUCACUGUUGUUUCUACAGACACCUACACGACUUUCACGCCUCUUCUUCCAUCUGCCGCUGUUGGGACGGUUUCUGUUAGAUCUCUCAUUGAACCUAUUCGCAAGGUUUUGGCCCGUCUUCGAGGACAUUUUGUUCAGGGAAAGGCUGUUGACCUUGUGAUGUCCGAACGUCUGGUUGAAAUUUCAGCAGUUUCACCAGAUGGGUCUGAAAGCAACUUCUACAUUCCUUAUGACAAAAUUGUUAUAGCGGUUGGGUCUUCAUCAAGUACUCACGGUGUUCCUGGGUUGGAAAACUGCUUCCAACUCAAGACUAUUGGGGAUGCCCAGGCUAUUCGAAGGAGAAUCAUGGACAACUUCGAGAGAGCCAGUUUGCCCACCACUUCCCCCGAAGAGCGUAAACGCUUGCUAAGCUUCGUUGUUUGUGGAGGAGGCCCCACUGGUGUAGAAACUGCUGCCGAGAUAUAUGAUUUUUGUCAGGAAGAUAUCAUGAAUUAUGCAUGUAUCUUUCCGAAAAUAUGUCGCAAGGAAGUCUCCAUCCAUGUGAUCCAAUCUCGAGAACAUAUCUUAAAUACCUAUUCUGAGGCGAUAUCAAAGUUUGCAGAGGACAAAUUCAGGCGCGACCAAGUAGACCUUAUUACAUCUGCACGUGUUGCUGGUGUCACUCCCGAGCAUGUUUUAUACACGACACGCAAUGCAGAAGGCGAAACAGAGCAGCACAGUAUUCCUACCAAUUUCGUUCUAUGGUCCACCGGUAUUGCUAUGAACCCCUUUACGCAGCGUGUGUCUAGUUUAUUGCCAAACCAGGUUCAUAAGAAGGCGAUAGAAGUUGACUCUCACUUAAGGGUCAACGGUGCCCCUAUUGGCGAGGUUUAUGCUAUUGGGGAUUGCGCAACGAUUGAAACCUCUUUGAUGAGUCAUUUCAUGGAAUUAGUGGACGAUGCAGAUGCGGAUAAAAAUGGAAAGAUUGAAUUUGGGGAAUGGGAACAUAUGGUUGUCAAGAUCAAAGAGCGCAUACCAAUGGCUGAAGACCAUCUUGUCAAAGUGAAGGAGUUGUUCCAGCUAUACGACUCUGAUGCAGACGAUAGCCUUUCGCUCAACGAGCUUUUCAAACUCCUGGAAGAAAUUGGGAAUCGUAUUACUUCUCUUCCCGCCACGGCCCAAGUCGCAUCUCAACAGGGUAAAUACCUCGGCAAGAAACUUCACAAACUUUCCCGCGCCAAUCCUCCUGUCGCCUCUUCCACGCCUCCAGCAUCAGGAAACCCGAAUGCUAUCCAAUUGUUAUCAGAUGAAACAGUGUCAAAGCCGUUCAAAUAUUUUCAUCUUGGUACCCUUGCGUAUAUCGGCAAUGCUGCUGUUUUUGAUUUUGGUAAAUAUUCGUUUAUGGGUGGCCUAGUUGCCAUGUAUGCGUGGAGGAGCAUUUAUUGGAACGAACAAGUUAGCGCUAGGACGCGCGCCUUGUUAAUGAUCGAUUGGAUCGUUAGAAAAAUUAAAUACGAAGAACUUGCGUUACGCAUAGUGCAACUAUACGGAUAA